AUGGACACAUUAAAUAAGCUGAAGCAGUUUGACGCUUUUCCCAAAACUCUGGAGGAUUUCCGAGUGAAGACGUGGGGAGGAGCGGCCGUGACCAUCAUCAGUGGCAUCAUCAUGCUGAUCCUGUUCGUCUCAGAGCUGCAGUACUACCUGACUAAAGAGGUCCACCCUGAGCUCUACGUCGACACGUCCAGAGGAGACAAACUCAAAAUUAACAUCGACGUCAUUUUCCCCCACAUGCCCUGCGCCUAUCUCAGUAUAGAUGCGAUGGACGUGGCUGGUGAGCAGCAGCUGGACGUGGAACACAACCUGUUCAAGCAGCGGCUGGAUAAGGAUCUCCAACCGGUCACCGACGAGGCAGAAAAACACGAGCUGGGUGGAGCUGAUGACGGGGCAACGUUCGACCCGAGCACGCUGGACCCCAACAGAUGUGAGAGCUGCUACGGCGCCGAGACCGAAGACCUGAAGUGCUGUAACACCUGUGACGACGUCCGUGAAGCGUACCGGCGGCGCGGCUGGGCCUUUAAAAGUGCCGACACCAUCGAACAGUGUAAGAGAGAAGGCUUCACGCAGAAGAUGAUGGAGCAGAAGAACGAGGGCUGUCAGGUUUACGGCUUCCUGGAGGUCAACAAGGUGGCAGGAAACUUCCACUUUGCUCCAGGAAAAAGUUUUCAACAGUCCCAUGUCCACGUUCACGCUGUGGAAAUCCAUGACCUGCAGAGCUUUGGACUAGAUAAUAUCAACAUGACGCAUCUGAUUAAACACCUGUCGUUUGGUAAAGAUUACCCCGGCAUCGUUAACCCGCUGGAUGGAACCGACGUCUCGGCGCCGCAAGCAUCCAUGAUGUACCAGUAUUUUGUGAAAAUUGUCCCGACGAUCUACGUAAAAACAGACGGAGAGGUGGUAAAAACCAACCAGUUUUCUGUCACCAGGCAUGAGAAAGUCGCCAAUGGUUUAAUAGGCGAUCAGGGUCUGCCAGGCGUCUUUGUUUUGUAUGAGCUUUCACCCAUGAUGGUGAAGUUCACAGAAAAACACAGAUCAUUCACGCACUUCCUGACAGGAGUCUGCGCCAUCAUCGGAGGCAUCUUCACAGUGGCAGGACUGAUCGACUCGCUCGUCUACCACUCUGCUCGGGCCAUCCAGAAGAAGAUAGAGCUGGGCAAGGCGUCCUAACAGAUCGCCCGCCUGGUGCCAGCUCUUCAGACCCAGACGCUGAGAAACCAGAGGACAGAAACGGGCAGCGAGGAGGAGGAGCAGGAGGAAGAGUUUGCCUCCUCUCAUCGGCUUUGAACCUUUAAUAAACUGAGAGAGAAAUCCACAGAAGUUCCUCUGGGUUCCUGUGGGAGGAGCUCUGGACAGAAAGAGGCGGAGCUCUUUGGAUUUUCCUCUCCACUGUCGGAUCUCUUGGCACCGGGAGGAAGGAGACAGACUCUGCCGAGCAGAUGGGAGGACAUCGUCUCCACAGGCUUUGAGCAGGGAGGAAAAGAACGUCCUCCAUGAUACAUCAGCAGCUUGAUCACUACAGGCGCAGCAGGGGACCGAGUCAAUUACCUCAUUUUACCCUGAUGGAGGAUUUUAAGUACCGAGGGAACUUAGUCCAGCUUCUCUAACUUCCAUCACUCAGACUCUGGUGAUGCCGGGAGGAUUUGAUCUGAUUGUUAUUCCACAUCUUCAGGGGGUCCCAUCGUUGUUUCCGCCGCCGCUGUUUUCCUCUGAUCUGUGCAGAAGCAUUAAAACACUACAACAGGGAUCCUCAGCAGCAUCACACUGACUCUUUAUGCUGCUUCCAAACUCGUUCACAUCAUCCCCCUGCUGCUGUUGAUCCUCCCUGUAGCAUCAGGUUUUUAAUCCUCACAGAAAGAAAGAAACAUUUGAUUAAAAUCCCAGUUUGCCAAAAUUCUUGACUCUUGAAUCUGCCCACAGCAUGAUGCUGCCUCCGCCAUGCUUCUUUUAGUGUUGGAAGGGUUUUAAGCCUUAAAUGAAAUCCUGUAAACUUUCAUCAACCUUCGGCUGGUCUGACUUCAGAGCUUCUCUCUGGAGGACGUCCGGCCUGGUUUCCAGAUUGCCGAUUACGCUGCAACUUCACUGAUUUCCAAGCUGUUCUGUCAUGAAAACAUGCAGAUCCUUGCAAGUGUUUGGAUGCUGGUGGAUGUUUCAGGAGAUGUUCAGGCAUCUCCUGAAGAUCUGCAGAAAGUUUAAGCUGCAGCCAAAGUCUCAGUGAGAAAGCAGGAGAAGGAAGUUGGGAAAAUGCUGCAUCUUGCUGUGAUUUAAAAUUGGUUCAGGCAGAUUUACAGACACUGACAGAGAGGAUCUGUCGGGGAAAUGGAGGUUCUGUUCAAGUUCAGCUGCAUUAAUGAGCCCGGAAGGACAAAUCUUUGGGUUUUAUCUAGACAUCAGAAGGUGGAUCCAUGCCACCCCAGAAGGUUCUGCUUCUCUAACUUUUUUUAUUUUGUUUCUUAAUCUGAGGCCAGAACUGCUCAUUAACUUCUGGAUCCUGAUGGCUACCUGGAACCAACAUUUCAAACUCUUCAAAUAUUUUGGACCUCUGUUCAGAUCAGUGUUCUGAUAAAGUCUAAACCAGGGGGGGAGGGGGGGGGGUUAGACCCCUGAUCCCUUUGAUCUUUAUAAAAGCCAGAAAUACCUACAGAACCGUUCCUCCUUUCAGAGUUUCUCUGAGUCUAGACCAGUGUUCCCCCCAGUACCGACAGCCCAGUUCCCUCUGGUACCGACGGCCUGGU